AAACGACAGUCGCCACUCGACGCCUGCAUCGAACAGAAGGCAGCCUGUGCGCAGACGCAAGCCGCAUUUUUCGAGAGUGCAUCCGUUCCCCGGGACGAGAAUCAAAACUGGUUUCGAACGUGGAUCAUGAUCCCAGUGAAAUCGAUCGCUACGCAAUGAAAACCACCGUACGGACCAUUGUUCGCGUUAUUACCUUCGCCCCGUCCUUUUAAACGAAACCAAAGAUAACGUCGCGAUACAAAUCGUUGUUUUGGUGCUGUGACAGUGUUGAUCCCGUCUCGCGAGAAGCGGAUCGACAGCUUCGAGGACUCCGAGCCGAGUGGGACGCUCUUCUUAUCGGAUAACGUCCAGGAACCCCGGGUUUAACAAGCAGCGAUUCGAAUGACGAUUCCGGUGCGUCAAGGUUCGAGGGGAAGGUGACGAGCAGGUUUCAGACGAGAAUCUUCAAGAUAGCUCGAACGAAUCCGGCAAGAAACCUCGUCGACAGACGCGAACAUGCUCGUAAUAAGUCAGCGUCAAAGGCAUCCUUGCUGGAGGAUGCUGCUCGCCAUCGUUAUUUUGUCCGGCCUCAUUAGGUAUUGCGAACCAAUGUCCGUGAAGAGGUUCACAGACUCAUCUUCCUCGUCGUUGUCGACGUUAUCGAGAAGUUCCAGCGAAUCGAGGUCACAGAAUCUUGGCUCGCCAAGUGACCUAGCCUGGCAGGCUUGGCUCCUUCUGGACUCGCAAACAGGAGCACACUCUAGCUUGGACUCUGCCAGUUUUCUCAAACGGAUCACGCCUAAAAGCGUGUUCAUCGCGCCGGUAUUACCGGCCUGUCCCGAUGGUUAUCGAGCGGACACGAUGGGCAGGUGCGUGAAGAGAGUGAACAUCAAUCCUCAGGCUCACAUCGGCUUUCUCUUACAACGAUUGAACAACAGAUAUGGUAAUCAAGCGAGCAAUUCCGACACGUCGUCUAACAAUAAUCAAAAAAAGUCCAGUGGCCCUUUGCAGUUGAACAUUCCGCUGUUUGCCGAGACGGACACCAAGUCGACGCAAGUGGACCACGAGGAAACCAGGGACUCGAUGAACAUACCGAUCGUGGUCCCUUCGAAAAAGGAGGUCCGCGUGGAGAAGGUGGAAGAGAAGGUGGAAGAAGAGAUAGAGGAGGAAUUAGACGAGGAGGAGGACGAAGAGAUAGAGGAAGUGAAGGAAGUGGAAGAAGCGAAGGAUGUAAAAGAAGCGAAGGAAGUGGAAAAACCGAAGGAGCCAGAAAAACUGAACGAAAUGGAAAUACCAGAGGAAGUGGAAGAUUCAAAGGAAGUGGAGGAACCGAAGGAAGAGAAAGAACCGAAGGAAGUGAAAGAACCAAAGGAAAUAGAAAAACCGAGAAAAGCAGAAGAACCGAAGGAAAUGGAAGAGGUGAAGGACGUAGAAGUGAAGGACGUAGAAGAAGCGAAGGACGUAGAAGAAAUGAGUAACGUAGAAGAAGCGAACAAUGUCAAAGAAGCGAAGGACGUAGAAGAAACGAAGGACAUGGAAGAACCGAAAGAGUUACUGAAUAUUGGCGAAGAAACGGAGGAGGAAGAAGAGGAUAACGAGGCCAGUGCCACCACUGGGAACACCACCAUUUUCGACGAGUCUUUAGAAUACGAAGAAGACGAUCAGAAUACUACGUCCACGCUUGACACUGCAGUUCCCGUAAUAGAUUUCAUUGACGACACAAACGACACGAAUUUUUCCGAUGUGAUCGACUACAAGAUCCCGAUCGAACUUCCCACAUCGUUCAAUGUAUCCGACGCAAAAGCGAUGAACGCCAGCGACAAUCAAGAAUUAUGGAGCGAAGAGUCGCGAGUCUCGAACUCGACCGAGAUGUCGCCGAUAUUAAUUCUUCUUUCAUCGACAACAACGGUGCCACCGAAUUCAAUAGCACCUAAGAUAGAACUAGAAUUGGCUAACAGUACUAGUAGGACUGUUCAGUUGUAGUAUUGUUCUUCGUUGUAUUUUUUUCUUUAACCCAGCUCUUCCUCUCGUGGAGGAACUACGAUCGAUGAUACCUGACCCCUACUAUCGGGAUCGCAAGCGUCUUCUUCACGAGUUUGUGAAUCUGGAUUUCGGCGCGUACAUGUGACAUUGUAUACCAACAUUUUCAAGGCUAAACUUCUUAGAGAUUCGAGAGCUUCGAUUGGGAAUAUUAUUGUAGCGAUUGGCAAUUCGACUAAAUUCUAAGGAUUCAUUUACUUGAAAAAAGAUGAAAGCAAAAGAAAUCGAAUAAAGUCUUUGCGAUCUAGUCACAAUAAAUAAAGUCAAAUAAAGUCACAAAGAGUUAAUCGAAAUCUUACCACGUUUCCACGGCAUUAAAGAUUCACAUACCAAAGUGUUGGUUACGAUAACAAUAUAUAAUUUGUAUUUAACGAUAAUAUUUGAAUCACGAAAGAUCGAUAUUCGCGAAUACCCCGUGUACAAUGUAUAUAUGCACCGGAAUCCGAGUUCGUGAACUCACGGAAAACAUGACUGUGACCCCGGUAUAUCGAAUCAGACUGAUUUUAGCGGUAUUUGCUUUAUUUAUAGAACAUUUGUAGAACAGAAAUCAUGAAUCUCUCUGUCACGAAUAAAACUCACGAAAGAGGUGCGCGUUGCUCUACUCGGUAGCGACCAAGUAUUGUCCAUACAGCUCCAUCAUGUGCGUCAUCGUAUCUGCUCUCGUACGGAGAAACAUAAACUGUUGCGAUUGUACUUUCUUGAAACUUUUUUCUUUUGAUAUGUGAAGUGAAAAAAGAAAAAAAAAAAAACAGAAAGAGAAUUGUAAGUUAGGCAAUAUUGUGACGUGAAAAGCUUCUAUCUUACUCGGAUGGAGAUCUUCUUCAAAAUUCAAUUAGUUUAGGUGUGCACGCGCAAUUAUUCUUAAAUAUUAAAGAAAUAUUUAGAAGAUUAAUGAAAAGUAACAUUAUGUAAAAAUUAAUGACAAUUUAAUACGAUAACGUAUCUAUAUUAUUAAUGUGAUAUUUUCUUAUAAGGAUUCUAAUAAACAAGUACAAAAUCUAUUUCCUUUAAAAAAGCUUAAAUAUUUUUUAAAUUUAGUUUUUAAAGUUCAAGUUAUGUAUAUCAAUCAAAAAUAUUAUAAUACACAAACCUGUCAAGAUAGAUCGGAAGCUAAUUAAAGGAAAACGUUGCAUUAAAUUCUAAAAUCUUCCUUUCGGAUAUACAUUUCUUACUUUUAUGUUUCACAUAAAGGAACAACAAUGAACAGUUGUGCAUAUAUCUACGAAAAUUGCAACACUUUAUGUCUCUCCAGCGUAAUUGAGUUGAAGCUUACAUCUACAUUGUAUAGCGAAAACACGUAUCUAUGUAGUAUGAAUGUUUUCGGUGUGCGAUUUGAUCAUUAUUCUAUGCAAGCGCAACGUUCCGAAGAUAAUGCUCGGAACAGUAUGAAUCGAAUCAUCUGUCCGAUGUCGUUUACGCUUUAUGACCGUUAUUGCGAUAACUCUUUCUCACUUUUCACACGUACGAUAACUUCUUUUUGUACGAGAAUAUGCGGUAGAGUGCAUGCAACUACGGUGUGAAAAAAUUUUUAUUAUCGUCAUAUAUUAUCCAUCAGAUAGUAUUUGGAUUUUAUACAAAAUAUGUAAUUAUAUCUGAUUACGUGUGAUCAUCACGUACGAAACGAAAAUUACGGAUCUGACAUCGCGGCCAGUAAUUCUUUUUUACUGCUCUACGUAUGCUUCGAUGUGGUGUGUAAUCUUUCUUUCUCCUGUAUUUGAAUGUUGAUUCGUGUACAUAUUAAUUUUAUUAAGAGAAAUUGUAUAUACAUUGCAUAAUUAAGAAGCGUCUUAAACUUGUAUUAAUUGUAACUGUAUAAAAAUAUUACUGUAUUAUUUAUAACUAAAUAUAUCGAUGUAUAUUACACAUUGUCGUAUCGUGUCGUGUAGGAGCUGUUAGAUCGCAGAACCGAACAGCUUAUAAAAAUCACUCGAUGUUGGUCCUGUGCCGAUAAUAUCAUGCUUUGUUAUUAUUUACAACCUGUCCAGGCAUGAUGAGCGAUUACGUUACACAUCAUUUUAUUCAUUAAGCAUUUUUUAUUGUACAUAACUUAAUUGUUAAAGAAACUGCAUGUUACGUUGUA